GGGAUCCACGGAGCUGAGGCACGUUUUCUCCUCAGGUGUACGGAAACACAUCGCGGCGGAAAGUUUGUGGAGCGGACAGUGGCUUAUGGCACCACUGUCGUGCGUCAUGAAUCCUGCGCAAGGAUCUCCCGCAUCGGCUCCAACUGAGGACCCCAUAACGGAGCAAGUGUCCCAAAUAUGCACAGAAAGUAGUGAGCUGGACCUCUCCUCUGCCAAAAGAUGCAAAGUGAAAAGUGUGGACCUGCCUUUUAGCGUCGAGUCUCUUAUAUCGAGGACGCCAAGCAGAAACCUCCAAAAUGCUGGUAUGGGCUAUCUCCGAUCCGAGGAGAGCGCGUCACAUCGGGAACUUUUGCGGCCCAAAGCUGAAGCGGCGGAUCUAAGCGACACCGAGGCAGGACACUGGAUUCAGCCCCGUUACUCGUCACCUCCAAGACUACCCAGCCCAGCCGCCUGCAAUCUGCGCAAACACAAGAACAACAGAAAACCUCGCACUCCCUUCACCACAUCCCAGCUGCUGUCCCUGGAGAGAAAGUUCCGUCAGAAACAGUACCUGUCCAUCGCAGAGAGAGCGGAGUUCUCCAGCUCCCUGUGCCUCACAGAGACACAAGUAAAGAUCUGGUUUCAGAACCGCAGGGCCAAGGCCAAGAGGCUGCAGGAGGCCGAGCUGGAGAAGAUCAAGUUGGCAGCCAAGCCGCUGCUGCCGGCUUUCGCCUUCCCCUUCGCCCUGAACGCUCCGCUGAAUACCCCGGCUCUUUACGGGGCAUUGAACGGCCCGCGGCCCGCUUUGCCUGUACCAGGACUAUACAGUGGACCCUAUGGGAUGUACUACCUGUCAUAAACUAAAUGGUUAUGUAA